AUGAAUGACUGCACCAUUCGACAGGGUCGAGUUUCUACCUCUCUGUUGAAUAUAGAAAAUCAAAAUAAGGUAUCUUUUAAGACACCAUUGACCCUCACUAGCACAUUGUCUUCUUUGCCAAGCCAAGAAAUGGAUCUGAUAGACGACAAGAGCGCUUUAAGCGACUUGCAAGUGAAACAAGAGGAGCACAGCGAAGAUUCGGCGAAUACAGAAGAUAAUGAGCAACUCUACACACCGCUCACCUGUGAAUUAUGCAACCAAACGUUCACGUUACCGGGGGACUGGGUGCGGCACGUGCAAACACAUCCAUACACAUUGCCGGCCAAAAGACAGAGAGGGGAUGCUACUAUAGGAGAUAUUAUGCCUGAUGGUCCAGUGACGCAGGACGAAAGCGCGUUUAAAAAACGUUUACAGAGUAACCUGUUAAGGCACAUAAGGAUAGUAAACGACAAAAUCCUUCCACCGAAUAACCUUGGAAAGACCAAUGAUGAAGGCUGAGGUGGAUAAUUAUUUUC